AUGUCUGAGAAAAAAAGAGAAAAAAAAGUAGCUGCAGGAAGGAAACUACUGCAACAAUACCAGCAGAGGAAUGGUCCUGCUAGACCUGGAAGAUCCAAGAAGAGGAAAAUGAAAGAGGGAGGUAACCCCAAAACAAACACCUCUGGGGACUGUCCUUUACUCAAGGGUGCGGCCCAAGACCACGCAGACCCUGAGCCUCCCCCUCCCCUGGGCACUGUCACAGCUGCCAGGGUCCAGAGCGUCACAGGUCCCAAUAACACCAAGGACCUGGAGAGACACAACCAACACCUGGUGCUUGCCCUGGACUCCAGCACAAUACAAAAGCAGCAGCUCUGCACUGAGAUCCAAGAGCUGCAGGAUCAACAGGGAAAAGACAAGGAGAAGAUGGCCUGUGUGCACGAAGCCCUGAAAGCAGAGCUGGAGCAGCACAAGCUGUCGAUACAGAUGCUGAUUCGAGAAAAAGCAGACUUACAAUCUGCCCUGGCCCACAAGCAGCAAGAGGCCGAUGAAAGAGCACUGGAGCAGGAGGGUCUUACCAGCUGCCUGCAGGCUGCACAGCAGCGCGUAACAGAACUGGAAACAACAUUGUCUGCAGUCAACACCACGCAGAAUGAAACUGAGAACAACAACAUAGAGCUCAUGAAAGCCCUGAAUCGCGUGAAGCUGCAGCUCCAGGAAAAGGCCAGAAGUAUUGAAGACCUGGAGGAUGAGAACACCGAGCUGCAGGAGAGGCUGGAAGUGCUCCUGACACAGAAGGCCAACAUGAAAAUGGAAAUCCACAAGUUCCAAGAGGAACUAGUGGAGCGGGCAGAGUUGGAAAGCCAACUCAACAACAUGAAGGAGUUGGUGGCAAAAUUAAAGGAGGAGAGAGACACCUUUGCGGAGGACCUGAGGCUGGAGAGCUCCACGGGGAAGGAGAAAGUCCAGCAGCUGCUAGAGCAGGUGAGCCAGCUGAGAGAGGAGAAGGAGCAAGGGGUGAGGCAGGUGUUGGAGUUGGAGAGCAAGCUGGUGGAGCUGAGAGAGCAGCUGUCAGAGCUGCGGCCCCCAGAGCCGCCUGCAGGGCCAGCUCAGGCUGAGCAGCAGCUGCAGGCCCACACCCUGCAGUUGCAGAAGGAGCUCAAGACCCUGGAGGAGCAACUUCACCUCCAGGUGGAGGAGAACCAGAGCCUCAGUCUCCAGAACCUGGAGCAGCAGCAGCGGCUGUGGAUACUGGAAAAGAAGGCUGAGGAAUGGGCACAGCAUGCCGAGGACCGGCGCAAGAUCCUGGAGACCAUGGAGAAGGAACAGGAGACCUUGAAACGCACGCUGGUGCACAACCGCCAGCUGAAAGAAGAGCUGGCCCAGCUGCAGGAUGCCUUGCAGAGGCUGAGCGCUGAGAAGGGGGAGCUCGCCAGCAUCCUGCACACAGAGCAGCAGGAGAAGACAACCCUGCAGGCGAAGCUGGAUGAGCUGGAGGAGGAAUUCAAAGAAGGAAAAGACGUGGCAGAGUUCACGCGCCAAGCAGCUGAGGAUCUGCAGGAGCUGCAUGACAAGUACCUGGCCCAGGUGCAGGAGCUGAGCGCCACCUGCAAACAGCACAAGGCCACCAGCCAGCAGCUGAUGUCAGAGAAGGAGGCCCUGCAGCAGCACCUGCUGAAUCAGAGCCAUCUGAUGGAGCAGCUGAAGCAGGAGCAGGUGCAGAGCAAGUUGCUGGCCCAGAUGGAAAGGGAGAAGUUACAGGACACUCUGAAGUGUCUGGAAGCAACAAGACAGGAGAAUGCGCAGCUGCGGGCCCAGCUGAGCGCCCUGGCUUUCCCCAGGGAAGAUGAAGGCCUGAGCCAAGACGAAGACAAGGGUGAGGAGGCGACUCCCCAUGAUGUGACUGUUCCAGACGACGUAGACAACCCGCAGAGCAUGUGGGAUUUUUACAUGGACGCACUGUCCAUCGCAGAAGGCAGGAAGGCGAGGAUGAGCCGGCAGCUGCAGGAGCAGCAGGCCCGCUGCGGGUGCCUGAGUCAGCUGGCAGCCCAGUGCCAGAGAAAGCUGGAGAGCCAGGCCGCCUUCCCCCAGCGCUGCAUCCACAGGCUGUUCGGCAAGAAGAAGCAGGACACACAGGCGCCCAAGAAGCAGCUGCACAUCUGCUUCCCCGAAGACCUGGCCAGCAAGGGACACCCCCAGAGUCACGUGGAUGACCUCCACCAUCGCUGCAGCCAGCUGACCCAACACCUGACCACCAUGGAAGAGACCAUCGUGCUGUACAAGGAACAGCUAGAAGUCCUGGAGAAGCUGUGUCAGGAGAAAGAGCAGUGUGUGAGCCAGCUGUCCCAGGAGAAGAGGAGGAAGAGGAAGGAGCUGAAGGAGCUGUUGCUGCGCCUUACAGGGGAGAGCACAGAGUGCCAGGAUAUGAUGCUGGCAGCCGCCCAGACCCCUGCUACCGAGGACCCCUCAGACCUCUCAGUCCCCCUGAAGACCGAGGUCAGGGAGGAGCAGCAAGGCUGUGAAGAUAUGCAUCUUCAAGAAAGCUUGAAGCCUGUCCCUGAAGAGGCUGGGGCCCCUGGGCCCCUGGAGAGCCCCACUGCAGAGCCUCCUGUGCCGCUGCUGCCUGCCAUCCAGCCCCAGCAAGAGCCCACAGACGGGGGCGAAGAGUCCUGCCUCCCUUUCUUCUAUAAGCCACAAGCAGAUGAUGUAUUUGAAAUCAUCACCAUCUAA